UUCGAUUAUAUAUAUUUAUAGCUCUCCCUCAUAAAAUUCCAGCAAUUUUGAAGCAAUUACUCACCAUUUUUGGAGGCGACCAACAUCUGAGAACAGAAUGGAAAGUGGCAUCAUCACCAUGGCUGGUUGGUUAAGUAUAUUUAUUUGGUCAGUUCUUGUGAUGAGUGCUCAAGUUCAUGGAGAUCAAUUAAUAGACAUUACUUUUCUAAAGAGUGCUAUUCCAAAAGGAGCAGUUUGCUUAGAUGGCAGUCCACCUGCUUACUCCUAUUUUGAGGGAUAUGGAAAUGGCUCAAAUAGUUGGAUUGUUUAUUUGCAGUCUGGUGGAUGGUGUAGUUCGAAAAUAGAUUGUUACAAUAGAUCAACUACACCGCGAGGGAGUACUUACCCAUUUAUUGGUAAUCAAACCAACUUCUCAGGGUUACUUGAUACAAAUUCUACUUUUAAUCCAGAUUUCUACAAUUGGCAUAAAGUUUACAUUUACUAUUGUGACGGCUCAUCAUUUAUGUCGGAUAUCAAGCAUGUCGAUCCAAGGACCAACGUCACUUACCGGGGUGCAAGGAUUUUUAAAGUCGUGAUGGAAGAAUUGCUCUCUAAAGGAAUGGGAAAUGCCCAAAACGCCAUGUUAGUAGGUACCUCAGCCGGUGCGAUGACGACCACCUUGCAUUGUGAUAAGUUUCGAAAACUUUUUCAAAAAAAUAGUCGAGUGAAGUGUGUUUCAGAUUCUGGUUUUAUCAUUCACGGAAAGGGUCUCCUUGGAGACCACUAUAGAGAGAAAUAUUACGCGGAUGUGAUUAGAACACAUGGAUUACGUAAAUCAUUGCCCAAAUCAUGCACCUCAAAAAUGAACCCAAAUUUGUGUCUUUUUCCGGAAUAUUAUGUUGGAGAUAUUCAGACCCCCCUCUUUUUACUCGAAUCAGCCUUUGAUGCAUUUCAGAUUGAAUACAACACACUGCCUGCAGUUGGCGGUAGGCUGGGAUGGAGCAAUUGCCUUGGAAAUUUAAGACACUGCAAUUCUACACAAUUAGGAAUAAUGAGAGAUUUUCGAAACACUUUCAUUGGAGCUCUGUUGAAGCUGAAGCACUCUUUGAGUAGAGGGAUGUUUGUUCAUUCUUGCUACCUCCAUGGCCACAUCUUGAUAAUACAAGAAUGGACAUGCUCAUCUCUUCAAGGAAAUAACAUACUUGCAAAUAAGACGAUUGCUCAAGCCAUUAGUGAUUGGUAUUUUGAUCGGACUUCUUUUCGGCAAAUAGAUGUUGAGAAUGACUUACCGCGGAACUGCAGCAGCUCACUCACUCCGGAGCUCUUCGUCCAUAAAUGUCUUGCCACUCUGUCUACACAUCCAACUUGUAGUUAUUCAUGAAUCAAAUUAUUUUCUGCACUUAAUUGCAUGAUCUAGUUUGUAACACCCUUUAUUCAAUUAACUUCAUAUUCGAAUAUUACAUUUUUUUAACAAGUUGUCAAUAUGCUUACAUGGGUUGUCUCA